CAGACACAGCCCGGCCCCACGCAGCGCGGGAAGCGGGUGGAAGCGGUCAGAAAGCCAAGGGGCGCCAGCACAAGAAGCGAGGGCCCCACGCGCGUCGCCCUGUCCCGCGGAACCCGCCCGUUCCGGUGGCUGUGCCUGCAAACUGGAAAGACCCCGGCGACCUGUUCUUCACCCCCGCUUCGCCUUCAGAGUCCCGAGAUGUCUGCGAUUCCUGCUGAGGAGAGUGACCAGCUGCUGAUCCGACCCCUUGGAGCUGGGCAGGAAGUAGGAAGAUCUUGUAUUAUUCUGGAGUUCAAAGGAAGAAAAAUAAUGUUGGACUGUGGGAUCCACCCUGGCCUAGAAGGAAUGGACGCUCUUCCUUAUAUUGAUUUAAUUGACCCAGCUGAGAUUGAUCUCCUACUAAUUAGUCAUUUCCAUUUGGAUCACUGUGGAGCUUUGCCCUGGUUUCUACAGAAGACAAGUUUCAAAGGAAGAACAUUUAUGACUCAUGCUACCAAAGCUAUUUACAGAUGGCUUCUUUCAGAUUAUGUCAAAGUUAGUAAUAUAUCAGCAGACGACAUGCUGUAUACGGAGACAGAUUUGGAAGAGAGCAUGGACAAGAUUGAAACCAUCAACUUUCAUGAAGUUAAGGAAGUUGCAGGAAUCAAGUUUUGGUGUUACCACGCAGGCCACGUCCUGGGAGCGGCCAUGUUCAUGAUCGAGAUCGCAGGCGUGAAGCUUUUGUACACAGGUGAUUUCUCAAGACAAGAAGACAGACACUUAAUGGCAGCUGAAAUUCCUAAUAUUAAACCUGAUAUUCUUAUCAUUGAGUCCACUUACGGGACCCAUAUCCAUGAGAAGCGUGAAGAACGAGAAGCAAGAUUCUGUAACACUGUUCACGACAUUGUGAACAGAGGGGGCAGAGGUCUCAUUCCUGUCUUUGCUCUCGGACGGGCUCAGGAGCUGCUCUUGAUUUUAGAUGAGUACUGGCAGAAUCACCCAGAACUCCAUGAUAUUCCAAUAUACUAUGCGUCGUCUUUGGCCAAGAAGUGUAUGGCAGUGUACCAGACAUAUGUAAAUGCCAUGAAUGACAAAAUCCGCAAACAGAUCAACAUCAACAAUCCCUUUGUUUUCAAACACAUUAGUAACCUCAAGAGCAUGGACCAUUUUGAUGACAUCGGGCCCAGUGUUGUGAUGGCCUCCCCGGGCAUGAUGCAGAGCGGCUUAUCCAGAGAGCUCUUUGAAAGCUGGUGUACUGACAAGAGGAACGGCGUUAUCAUAGCAGGGUACUGUGUGGAAGGGACACUCGCCAAGCAUAUCAUGUCUGAACCAGAAGAAAUCACUACCAUGUCUGGACAGAAGUUACCACUAAAAAUGUCUGUUGAUUACAUUUCUUUCUCUGCUCACACAGAUUACCAGCAAACCAGUGAAUUUAUUCGUGCUUUGAAACCACCUCAUGUGAUUUUAGUCCAUGGAGAACAGAAUGAAAUGGCUAGAUUGAAAGCGGCUCUGAUUCGGGAAUAUGAAGAUAAUGAUGAAGUUCACAUAGAAGUUCAUAAUCCUCGGAACACAGAAGCAGUGACCUUGAACUUUAGAGGAGAAAAGCUAGCCAAGGUGAUGGGCUUUUUAGCAGACAAAAAACCAGAACAAGGCCAGCGGGUCUCAGGAAUACUUGUUAAAAGAAACUUUAAUUAUCACAUACUUUCUCCUUGUGACCUUUCCAAUUAUACUGAUUUGGCCAUGAGCACUGUGAAACAGACCCAAGCCAUUCCAUAUACUGGGCCUUUUAAUUUGCUCUAUUACCAGCUACAGAAAUUGACAGGUGAUGUAGAAGAAUUAGAAAUUCAAGAAAAACCUGCUCUGAAAGUAUUCAAAAAUAUCACUGUAAUACAGGAGCCAGGAAUGGUGGUAUUAGAAUGGUUAGCAAACCCUUCCAAUGACAUGUAUGCAGACACAGUAACAACUGUGAUACUAGAAGUCCAGUCAAACCCGAAAAUAAGGAAAGGUGCAGUACAAAAGGUUUCUAAAAAAUUAGAAAUGCACGUGUACAGCAAGAGGCUGGAGAUCAUGCUCCAGGACAUAUUUGGAGAAGACUGUGUAAGUGUAAAAGAUGGUUCUAUUCUUGGUGUCACAGUGGAUGGAAAAACUGCAAAUAUUAACUUGGAGACACGGGCUGUAGAAUGUGAAGAAGGAAGUGAAGAUGAUGAAUCCCUCCGGGAAAUGGUGGAGCUGGCUGCCCAGAGACUGUAUGAGGCCCUUACGCCAGUUCAUUGAGAACCUGUGUCUCUGUAUAUGGUGAAACUUUUUUUAAUGCUUGACCUAUUUCUGUUACUUAAAAUAAAAUACAUUAGUUUCUC